UCAAACCCAUUGAAACGGAGGCAAAACGAGGCGGCUCUCUUUUCUAAGGGCAAGGGUGCGAAAGGGGAGUUGUCCUCGCCAUGUGAUCACCCCUCCUACCUACCCACCCACCCUCCGUGGAGCUCUGGAAAUACAUUUAACUGUAAGAGGAAUAUUAUUUGCAGCCGCUCUUGGCUUCCUCCGUGCUCUGCUUUUAACGAUUUUAAAUGCUAGGGUGAUGGUUUUGAAGGGCAGUCGGGAAAAGCAACCACCCGAAACAACAUGAAGCCAGUAAUCGUGGUUCAUGGUGGAGCUGGUCGCAUCUUUAAAGAUAGAGAAGACGGAUGUCGUUCUGGUGUCACCAGAGCAGCGCUGAAAGGUUACGGUAUCCUUAAACAUGGAGGGAGUGCAUUAGAUGCAGUGGAAGAAGCUGUGGUAGUAAUGGAAGAGGAUCCUCAUUUUAAUGCAGGUCGUGGCUCUGUGUUAAAUGAGAAGGGUGAAGUGGAAAUGGAUGCCAUUAUCAUGGAUGGAAAAAAUCUAGCCUCCGGAGCAGUAUCUGCAGUGAAAUGUAUAGCCAACCCAAUAAAGCUUGCUCGCCUUGUCAUGGAAAAGACAGACCACAUGUUGUUGACGGACCAGGGCGCCUCUGCCUUUGCUAGAGGCAUGGGAGUUCCUGAGGUUCCUGGAGAGAAACUGAUCACAGAAAGGUCACUGGAGAGAUGGAAGAAAAACCUUGAGGCUGAUUCGAACCCUCAACAGUUUCAAAAAGACCUUGGAACAGUUGGAGCCGUUGCUAUCGACAGUGCAGGAAACGUUGCUUGUGCAACAUCAACAGGGGGACUCACGAACAAACGCGUCGGCCGCGUUGGUGAUACAGCGUGUAUAGGAAGUGGAGGUUAUGCGGAUAACAAUGUUGGUGCCACUUCUACUACAGGCCACGGAGAGAGCAUUAUGAAAGUGGUUUUGGCAAGACUUAUCUUGUAUCACAUGGAACAAGGAAAAUCACCAGGAGAUGCUGCUGACUCUGCCCUAGAUUGCAUGAAAACUAGAGUCGGGGGAUUGGGUGGUGUCAUUGUGAUCAGCAAUUCAGGAGACUGGGCUGCACGAUGCUCCACCCAGGAGAUGUCCUGGGCUACAGUCAAGGAUGACCAACUGCACUAUGGCAUUCAUGCUGGGGAGUGGCAUACACAACCUGCCGAAGAAGCUAUUAGCUCCCUGGGAUCCUAAGCUGAAGUGAAGGAAGUGGAAGUAACACAGCACAAUCAAGAUUAUAGACCUUCGUCGGAAACUGAAUCUGUUGUCCCCUUUCUGAAAGGAUCUUCUCACCAAAUUCCAGUUCAGAUAUUCACAGUGCUGGUCUUUUUGCAGCCAAGCUAAAAUCUAGAAGGAGAUAUAGUGGGCUUAAGGAUGGCUUUUGUGAGCAUAUAUAAGCUAUCCAAAGGUUUGGUUUCUUAGUCACACAACUGAAUUGCAGAAAGUCACUAUGCACAUCUUCAGUGGGGUGUAUUUGAUGAGAUAUGCAGUCUUCACAAUGGCCAUUAUAUUGAAGGCAGCUUCUCCUAUAAUGUGAUUAUGCUUGGAAACCAGUGUCCAUGAUAGACCAAACGUAGUCUGGUGUCCCAGAUCACACUUUUGCUUUUAUCUUAUGUGCCCAUGUCACAGUCCUCUGUAUCCCUCCAUCACGCCUCCCUUGAACUGCUCACCUGGGCCUGCUCACACCUCGCCUGCCUCUGUCUCUGUCCUCUGGAUCUCUCCUGAGCCUGUGUGGUGUAGUGGUUAAGAGCAGUAGACUCAUAAUCUGGUGAACUGGGUUCGCGUCCCCGCUCCUCCACAUGCAGCUGCUGGGUGACCUUAGGCUUGUCACACUUCUCUGAAGUCUCUCAGCCUUACUCACCUCACAGAGUGUUUGUUGUGGGGGAGGAAGGGAAAGGAGAUUGUUAGCCGCUUUGAGACUCCUUAGGGUAGUGAUAAAGCGAGAUGUCAAAUCCAAAGUCUUUGUCGCCUUCUUCUCUCCUACUCCUACCCACCUUUCCUCGGCCACUUCCCUAGGUCAUUAUGCUACCCAUUUUCCAAUUCCUUGGCCUAGACCUGCAUCUCCAUCCUCUGGAUCCCUUCUACUCGCUUUGCCUUGGCCGUCCACACUGCUGCUUGUAGUGCCACCUGUCCGUGGUGAAGUAAACUGCAGCAUGAUAACAACCCUAUGGUUUUAUAUACUGGAGGGAAAAUCUUAGAGUUGGAAGGGACCUUGAAGAUCAUCUAGUUCCACACUCUGUUCAUUUCAGGAGCUUUUGUUAUGUAAACUUUGAGAAGAAGUGGGAUGAUCACAACCAUAGGUUACUCCCAAAUGCUGUAACUGAAAUAUUAAGAAAUUUGCUUACAUUUUUUUCCUACUUACAAUCAGUACAGAAAAGAAAGUAGGGACAUAAUAAUUCUCAUGUUUAGGGAAACAUGCAAAAGUUUUGUUUUGAGAUAGCAGAUUUUCAUUUGAUUGUAUGACAAGUCAAAGGCCAAGUCAAAUAAUAUGAUAGGUGUCUUUCUUGAAGUAGUAUAUUAAUUGCAAGAAUAAGCUGCUGUGCAUAAAGUUGCACUAGUGUUUAUAUGGUAAUAUGUUUUUUGAGGUACUUAUAGAAAUAGAAAUUUACAGAGUGAAAUGUAUUUUCUCAUGAUAAUACUUACAAGGAAGAUGCUUCAUUUUUAGAUAAGGUAUUUGUAAUUUUAUCCCAUGCUUUUCCUUUUAUUCUUUUCAUGCUAAUGUAAUUCGGUAAUUUAAGUCUUAUUUAGAUAUUGCCUUGAUCCCAUACCACUUUUUCCAUCUGGGAAAUAAUCAGUGCUAUGUUGAUGCACAACAUUUUCUUAUGAAAAUAAAUGCCAAUAAAAUCUAGUACAGUGUAUUUUAAAAGUA